AUGGAGAUGCAGGUGGUGAUCGAUAAUGGCAUACUCCAAGUAACAUUGUCAAAGCCGGAUGGGAUUGUCACUGGCAUACAAUACAACGGCAUCGAUAAUUUGCUAGAAGUUCAUAACAAAGAAGUUAACAGAGGCUAUUGGGAUCUCAACUGGAAUGAGCCUGGACGCCUUGCGAUCUUUGAUGUGAUAAAAGGUACUAGUUUUAAGGUGAUACUCGAAGAUGAAAACCAGGUUGAAGUAUCCUUUACAAGGACAUGGGACCCAUCCCUUAAUGGGACCCUUAUUCCCCUUAACAUCGACAAGAGGUUUAUAGUGCUUCGCGGGUCCUCCGGUUUCUAUUCAUACGCCAUUUAUGAACACUUACAAGGCUGGCCUGAUUUCACUCUCACUCAAACUCGGAUAGCUUUCAAGCUUCGAAAUGACAAGUUUCACUACAUGGCCAUAUCAGACGAUAGACAGAGAAUCAUGCCCAUGCCAGAAGAUCGUGAGCCUCCACGUGGCCAGCCGUUAGCAUACAAAGAAGCCGUUCGUUUGACAAAUCCAAUCAAUCCAGACCUUCAAGGAGAGGUGGAUGACAAGUACGAGUACUCGUGCGAGAGCAAGGACAACAAGGUCCACGGUUGGAUAUGCUUCGAUCCUCCUGUGGGCUUCUGGCAGAUCAACCCGAGUGAUGAGUUCAGAACUGGUGGGCCUCUCAAGCAGAGCCUGACCUCCCACGUGGGCCCAACUACCCUAGCUGUAAGUCCCACAUCUUUCUUCAAUCUAAUUGGCUAUGGGCCAAACAAAAUUCACAGAUCCAAUUAUCUGUCGAUCAUCAACUGA